AGUUGCCAGAGAGAAGCAGAGAACUUGGCUCUGCGAUUCCCCUUCACUCUGUUACUAGACAGCCCAAUGGAGUCUGCUGCGGCUGAACCAAGACCCACUGGGGUCAGCAGCCUCUUGGGUGUCCCAGGGCUCAUCACCUGGGACGGGAACGAGGCGAUUGAUGCGGAGGUGAUCGGUGGCAUCAGGCCCAGGUCCUCCCCUCUUCCACGGAGAAGGAGCUCCAGUGACUUAAAAGACUGUGAGCUCGAGCUGACGCCGUCAAGCUCCAGGAGGGUGUCCUUUGCGGACUCCCUCGGCCAAAACCUGGUGAACGUGAAAGAGUUUGACUCGUGGGACAUAACCAUCCCACUGAAUUUCGACGCCCUUGAGGGAGAGAAAGAGGUAGAGGAAUACUACUUGUCCUCCUUAUACACUCCUCCACCGUCUGAAGAAGCCAUGGUCCUGAGGGUUCAGGAGCAGAAGCUAGAGCUGGAGAGCAUUGAGUUACUCCGCGGGACUACGAUACUGAGGGGCAUGGUCCGUGUUCUCAAUGUCUCAUUUGAUAAGAUGGUGUACAUCCGCACCUCUCUGGAUGCCUGGGUCACGCACUUUGACCUGCUGGCAGAGUUCAUACCAGGGUCCAGCAAUGGAGACACUGACUGCUUCUCCUUCAAGCUCACCCUGGUGCCCCCCUUUGGGGAAAAGGGGGCCAGAGUGGACUUCUGUCUCCGGUAUGAGACCCCUGUUGGGACUUUCUGGGCCAACAAUAGUGACCGGAACUAUGUGAUGUUUUGUCACCAGAAAGUCAAAGAGCUGAAAGAUAAAGCACAACAAUACGAAAACGGGCGUAGGAAAAGCAUCCUGAAAGCCAGCAUUCAUGAAUUUCCCUGUGACGAAAACUGGUCAUCAAUCAGUGAUGAAUCGUCAGAUGUAAACAAACGUGGAGGAGAGAUGACUAGUGUGAACAUCUCUGAGUCUCAGUCAGGAGCACUCGAAGAUGAUCAUCAGAAAUUACUGAUUGAGAGCAGCCAAAACUCCAGCCGGAGAAACCGACGAAAGGCAGCACGAUUGGUGAAGGUGCAGGACUACUUCAUUCAGAGAGAGGAUGAGACCCAAGAGAAAGAGAAGGGAGCAGUGGAACCAUCACAGAUCCCACAGGAAAGCACAUUCCCACAGGAAACACCUUCAACUGGGCCUGUGGUACAACCACUGCCACCACAGCACAGGAAAAAGUUUGGGCUGCAGGCGACCUCAGAUUCUCUAGCUACGUGCAACAAAUUGUCUCCUGGUCUCAGGGACAGCACGUCUUGUGAGGAGUCAGUGAAACCUGAGAACAUAGACUCAAUGGUCAGCUCAGCCCCAUCCGAGCUGGGAGAGGAACAUGCCUCACCGAUCCCCAGCAACAAGUCAGAUUUAACUGAUCAACCCGCUGCUCUGUGCCAAAAUGGUCAUACGUCUGUUUCUAAAGUGGAAGGAAGUGCUCUGAUGCAGAUGGAAUCUGAGAAGGGUGGAUCUGCCAUCAGCACAGAAGAAACACGUUCAGAUAACACUGUGAGGUUGGAGAACAGCACAGCAGGCUCAGUCCCAGGCAGCCAGACCAAUAGCUUUACGUUUGGAAAUGUUGUGGCCCCACUAUACUGUCAGGUAUUUGGUAGAGUGGUGAGCGAGAGCCAGAGCUCAACCGAUAUUGGGAAUCGAACAAGGGGGACAUUGCAUGGAAGGGAUUCAACAGCCUGUACAGUCCAGAGUUACGUAGAAACUCACUCCUGUGUUUCAGCGGAUACCCACGGGACACCUGAAGAAAAGCCUGUAGAUCAACAGCAAUAUCUUGAAUCAAACCAAGGACAGUUCAUCUCUGGAUUAAGUGCAGAAAAAGAGUCUGAACUUGAACCUCUGUCAGAAAAGGCAGGAGGUUUUCCCAGGGCUCACACUGCCCUGCACACUGCUGCUGCUCACAGGGCACAAAUCCCCAAAGAGGAAUCAGGCCUCCAGGGGCCUGAAGAGAACAUUCUGCCUCCCCAGUCCCAGAUCCACCAGGACAGCGAGUUUUUCCAGACACAAACCCCAUUACCAAACACAACACUUUCACAAACUCCUCCAGACACAACACUUUCCCAAACACAAACAUUAAUAGACACAACACAAGGCAGUCUCUUACAGUCACAAACUGAAAUGGGGUCUAAACAUGUCUCUGCUGAAAUGAAUAUGCAGGGGUACAGUGGUGGAUAUGAGAGACCUGAUGAGUCAGAGGAAAUGGAGAACCCUUCCCCAGCCAACACUGACGAAUGGUCAACAGGCACAUUCACAGAAUUAGUAGGCACAUAUAUAGCCAUGCUAGAGCCUGUGUAUGCUGACCUAAAGUUUUCACUUCAACAACAAAGGUGGAGGAAAAGAUCCCCACUGAGCACCAAAGCGUAG